GAGCCUCUUUGCGGUUGGACGCAAGCCCCGGAAGUGGAGAGGCCGGAUUCCGCGCUGCCCUGUGAGGCCGGCCGCCCAGGGAAAAUGCUGCUGGACCUGUCCGAGGAGCAUAGGGAGCACCUGGCCUUCCUGCCGCAAGUGGACUGCACGGUGGUCGCCGAGUUUGGGCGAAUCGCAGUGGAGUUUCUGAGGCGAGGCUCUAACCCCAAGAUCUACGAAGGAGCAGCCAGAAAACUCAGUGUGAGUAGUGACACUGUCCAGCAUGGUGUGGAAGGAUUGACAUACCUCCUCACUGAAAGCUCAAAGCUCAUGAUUUCUGAACUGGAUUUCCAAGACUCUGUUUUUGUUCUGGGAUUCUCUGAAGAAUUGAACAAAUUGUUGCUUCAGCUUUAUCUGGACAACAGAAAGGAGAUCAGAACCAUACUGAGUGAACUGGCACCAAACCUUCCCAGCUACCACAGCCUUGAAUGGCGACUAGAUGUACAGCUUGCAAGCAGAAGCCUCAGGCAACAGAUAAAACCAUCAGUGACUAUAAAAUUACACCUUAAUCAGAAUGGAGGGCACACCACCAAAGUCCUGCAGACAGACCCGGCCACCCUGCUCCAUUUGGUUCAGCAACUGGAACAAGCCCUGGAGGAGAUGAAAACGAGCCACUGCAGGAGAGUCGUGCGCAGCAUCAAGUAGUCCCAAUUUUAAGGUUUUAUUCCUUUUGGGCCACUUGUGAAUUAAUGAUAUGUAGCAGUUACUUUCAAAAUUAUUUUUUUAUCAGUUGAUGGUGAUAAAUACAUUUGGAUUCCAUGAAAUUUCUUUUCCAUGAUAAGGUAUUGCAGUCUUGCUCAAAAGCUAAAGUAAAGUUGCUUUCCUGGUGCUAAAUGUGGUUGGCUUCUUGACAAAUUAAGAUGUAUUUUGUAUUUUAAAUGUGUAAAUAGGAUUGAAUCAAGUGAAUCUGUACUGUUCAUAUCUUCUGUAUAUACGAAUGACCAUCCUUUUUUUAGUACUUAUUUUGGCUGCUUAACAUUAUUAUUUUUCUUCUUAUCGACCAAAGUUUGAAAAUCAAAUUCACAAUGUAGUAUUAUUGGUAUUCAGAAUAUUUAUAGACAGUUCAAUGUUUUUGACCUUUAAAAGUACCCUAUAAUGUUAAUAAUCAUGGAAUAGUUGGAAGUAAACAUGAAUUUUUAAAAAAUACUGUAUUGUUUAGGCAGUUCAUGCAUUUUUCUUUGUAUAUGAAGAUAACAGGUACUUACCAUGUUGCAAGUUUGAGUUGUCAUGGCUAAUCAGCUGAAAUAGCACUGAAAUUUAGGUGAUCAUGUAUUUUAUCAAGGAGUACUUUUUUUUCACGAGUACCCAAAUCAUCUAAGAGACAUGCUGUCUUUUACAUUUAUAAACAGUAGAUGCUGGAGUAAUACAAUCAGUUCUUAAUUAUCUGUAUAUAAAUUACAGUCAUUUUUUAUAAUUUUGUUUGAAUAAAGUAUAAAGAGGGCAAAGAGAGGCCAUGUUUACUACAUUCUAAGCAAAUAGCCCUUCUUCCUUACAAACUCAACUAUUGUGUUGUUUUGUUUCUUAGUAGGUAACUCUAAGCUAUCAGCCUGAAAAACUAAAAUGCUGAUGCAUCAGGUCAACCUGAUAGAGAGCAGGAAACAUGGGAGACAAGAAACUUAAGGUGUAGCAGACUUAGGGAGAAAAAUCGUAUGAAAGAAAUGGAAAUGGGGCUUCAGUCUUAAAUAUAUAACUAGGGUCUUACUCUGAGAUUUUCAUCCCCAUGAAGCAAUCCAGGAAAGCCUUUAGGGCCAUCAGACUCCAGGCUCUCUCCAUGCUUGGCUUCCUAAGAAUUAGAGGUUUUCAGGUCAGAGUGACAUGUUUCUCCUUUCUAAAGAGAGCCUAGUAGGGAACAGGCCAGUGGAAAAAAAAAGCACAAUUGAAAUUACCAUCCAUUGUUCUCCUGCAGGCAUCUGAGCCACCCUUUUCUAUAGAUAAAUGUUCUUCAGUUACAAAAUAACUAUACUAUUAAAUAUUAGCAAACUGAAAAUCAAGUAAUUUUUAAUUAUCAUGAUAACUUGAUUAAUAAAGCUUUCAUAUUCACCUUACAAACAAAAGGAAACUUUAUAUAUUAUAUGGGAUAGUAGCAUUUAUCUUUGGGUUUUAAAACGACAGACUUGCCAAGCUUCUAUGAUAAAAAUAGCUCUGUGAGGCUUUUGGUCCACAUUUGGUGGCAGAUAAGCAGGGCUAACCCCAGCCAAGAUUGAAGUAAUAGCCCUGUGUCUCCUCAGGGCCAUCUUUCUUCUACCUCUGUAUCCACUCUUCUUAUCCCAGUCAAGUCAAGAAAGCAUGUAUUAGUCUUUUUCUAUUUGUAUCAAACUCCCCUGACCACCUUUGUACUCCCUAUUCCUUCUGAUGUUCUGCCUUCACCUUCUUGGGCCAUGGUGAGUUGGGAGCAGUCUCCUAACUUCUUUUUGAACCUAAGGGUUCACCUUGUGGUGCAGGUCAUUAAAUGAGCCUCUUCCUUUUCUCAUUUAAACAUUUCGUACCCAUAUGGACUCCUCUGCCUCCUGUUUGUUUCAUGGCACAUUUGAUUUCUGUAUAGCUUGUAUGUGACAUACUUCCUGCAGAUGUAAUCACGUUCCACCCUGCGUAUGACCAGGUUUCCUGACGCUGGGCAAUGUGCCUUUCCAUCUAUAGCUAUCUAAAUUUUUAUUUAAACGUUUGGAUUGCCAUAAUGGGGAAGUACAGAGAAAGUGAUUUUAUUCCCUUAAAGUAAAAAGGCACGUCAGGAAUACAAAUACCUGCAUUAAUGUACUUUGAAACUUAGCUUCUACUCAGCUUGUUGCCAUUUUUCAGCCCAAGCAACUUUUCGUAAGGUGAAUUUUCAUUUAUGGUGUAAUUCUUAUUUGUUGCCAUUAGAAAUAUUGCUAAUUAUGUA